AUGAAACUUCCUCCCCAUUUGAAGCCAGUGGAUGAAAUAUCCGAUUCCAAAAACGUAUUCUUGGAUAUUACAUCUACCCUGAUUGAUUGUAAAAUUGAGUUCAGUAUAGACACGAAACCCACUGAUUCCCACCUGUAUCUCAUGCCGACAAGCUGUCAUCCCCUACACACAUUCAAAGGUAUACAUGAACCUAAGGGUCUAGCAACAGGCCGCUGCUACAGAAUAUUAGGGAACCUGUCCUGUCAAACAGAUAACUACAUCUAUCUCAUUAGCUGCAAGGAAUUAACCUGCCCUGGGGGAUUCUUUCUACGAUCUAGAGGAGUCUGUAAAAACAACAAUCUGGCCUUAAAAAGCCCUGUUAUUAUGAGCUCUGUAUUUGACGAUCCUGAUUAUGCCGACUUUCGACAUGGUGACGGUAGUCUCGCAGUGAAUGGAGAAGUAAGGACUGAUGACAAAGAGUGCGCUCAUACCAACACUGAAUCUCAGCCUUGGUUGACAGUGGAUUUACUCGACCAGUUUUACGUCAGACGGGUCGUAUUUGUAAACAGGAAACAUGGGGAGUGGCGUUUGCACGAUUUGAACGUGACCGUGGGAACAACUAACAUGGCCUUCCCCUGUUUCUGUGGAUUCUUUACUGGUCCCGGAACGUCCCAUCAGAGGGUGGAUAUGGCGUGUAAAGAAAAUUGUAGAGGGCGCUAUGUACGUCUUCAAAUUAUCUCCCCUGUUCCGGAGAUUUUACAGCUCUGCGAAGUUGAAGUCUACAGUGAUUGCAAUAUCUAAUC